AUGCGUCCCGCAGACUUUAUUCGUGCCGGCAUAGGCUUCUCCUCCACCUUCUUCCAGAGUACAGUUCCCAUCAAUACCAAGACAGCUUCUAUCGCCAGUUUACCUUCCAGCACUCCUUCAGGCUCUGUGGAGCCUUGUUCUCUGAUCGCCAAAUAUGGAGGCGCCGGCUCACGCCUCCCUGCUCAAGUCGCAUACGCCUGUCUAGUUUCGGUCCCAGUCGACGUAGAAGGAGACUCACAGCUCAUAGACGAUCUGAAAAUAUUAUGGGAAUGGCACUCUGAGACAGGAUGGCUAAAGAAUACCCCGAGUACGUGGGAGUUGGGGCCACUAGACGUGAUCAAGGAGUUGGACGCCAUCCAAGGAAAUCUGUCGAACUACCGGAGUGAAUACGAAGUGCAAAGAGACAUCAAGUCCCUGGCGACACGAAGCGGAAAUGGACAUUUCCGGUAUCAGCCAGAUAUUCUCCAGGUGUUUGCCUUCUAUAGGGACUCCGCAAUUGCCUCGAUAUCCGAUGACGGUAACAGCCUUCCAAAAGUGUACGAUGCGACAGACCUGGAGAAACAACAGAAAGAGAGUGACAUCAAAAUCUCAGCCAUCUCCAAAAUCAAUGGGAAGGAUAUCGAGAGCUUCCUAGAGGAAAUUGCUUCUGACUCAUAUUUCACAAACCUCGAUGCGCGAGUCAACAGUCUUUUUUUGAAAGAGGCCAAUGGAUCACUGGGUUCGUUCUACAACCAAGAGGCGUAUCAAGAGGACUGGACUAACGUCACAUUCGCAAAUGGUACUACGAAGAAUUCUCAGAAUCUGGCGGUUGUCUAUCAAAACAUCACCAACACAACUGAUGGGCCGUCGUUCUACCGGGACUUCUGCCGGGGACAAAUCUCAGGUUUCCGGAAUAACUCAGCAGCACCAUCGGCAAUCCUCAAGAAAGCCACGCCAAUUGAAAAACGGGCAAGCAUCCCGAGCAUCUAUCCUACUUCCGUUGUCGAAGACAGUACUGGAGCAGUUGCCGGUUACUUCUUGGACGACUCAGGCUUUGAGGACCUAGCUAUCCUCAAAAUAGCUACAUUCUUUCCUCACGACCCCACGGGCCGCGCGUCUCAAUUGCUCCUCAGCAAGACAUUCCAAUUUAUCGUCGCACAGUUCAUGCGCGAGGCAGCCGCAGCCAAUAAGACGAAGUUGAUCAUUGACUUGCGUGAAAACGGGGGCGGGCAUGUGCACUUGGUGCUGGACACCCUCAUGCAGCUUUUCCCUGGGGAAACGCCCUUCGCCGCCCAUCGAUACAGAGCCCAGGAGCAAUUCCUGUUGAUUGGUGAUAGGGUGUCUGAGAUUCAUCACAACGAGACCAUGUCAAUCGGAUUCCUUGCAAGUGGCUAUGACGUCACCGAUACUUUCAGGCACUGGGCUUAUUGGCAUUUCCUCGAUGUGAAUAACAAGAACUUCGCAUCCUGGAAGGAAUUUUAUGGGCCACACACCUACAACAACGACACCUUCACAACCACUAUACGAUAUAACCUCUCCAACAGUGAUCGGAUCUCUACACUCCCCCCGGAUGGUUUUCCUAUCUCUAAUACCACGAAAGCUCAAUUUCAAUUCUCCGUAGACAACACCGUCAUGAUGCUUGACGGUCUCUGCGGCUCUGCCUGCGCUUUCUUCCAUGAAGAACUAAAGAACGUCGCCGGCGUCAAGAGCGUCGUCAUCGGCGGCCGUCCGCAGACCGGCCCGAUGCAAGCUCUCGGUGGAACCAAAGGAGGCGAGGUCAUCUCCACCGUCCAGGUUCAAAAAUACGGCGAGAUUAUGUUGGAGGCGACUAAGCUUCUAGGCGCCACUACCCUUUCCGGUACUGUGAUCGAAAAACUCGCGAACACAAAUCAAGCCCUCGUACGCAUCGGCGACGGCCAAUCUUGCAUCCAGACACAGGAUGAGAUCCGCAAAGGAGACGAUACCGAAGCGCCUCUGCAAUACACCUACGAAGCGGCCGACUGCCGCCUCUGGCUGACGUCCGAGAUGCUGUUCAAUCCUACCGCUGCUUGGGAAGCGGUCUGGUCCGCGCAUACGAACAACUCGCUCUGUGUGAAGAACUCCACGGGGGACAAGAGCAGCAUCAGUGGCGGGUUUAAGCCGUUUGGACGAGGUUCUCUCCACGGAAAGAUGAAGCAGGAGACUCCGACGAACACAACCAACAAACCAUCGAGUCCCACAUCAACGUCGGCGCAGACAUCGUCAAAGGUGAAUGCGGCGGCGCCACUGGGCCCUCAGUCAUUGGGUUUCUUGGUUGCGGUGGCAGUAGCGUUAGUUGCGCUUUAAAGAGCUGAUGGAUUUCUUUGGCGUCAGGGAAGCGGUGUGGACGUGACAGGCACGGGUACAUAGCCUCACCUUCCUUUAGACCUCUUCUUUUCCUCUACAUCCUCAUCCUUAGGUACCUUUCAAUACAACCCGUGCAACGUCUAUACUCUCCUAUUGCGUGACAUUUGGAGUGU